AUGGCGGGAGGCGAGAAGGCGGGGAAAAAAACAACAACUUCCAAGGCGCGCGUCGGUAAAGAGAGGGCGGCGCUGGGCUGGCGGGGGUUGUUCCGACAGCAGCGCGUCUUCAAUACGUACCUGCUCCACAUUCCAGACGGCGGCGAGGACGAGGCGUCCAAGCGACGGCGCUCCAGGACCAACUUCAACAGCUGGCAGCUGGAGGAGCUGGAGCGGGCCUUCCUGGCCAGCCACUACCCCGACGUGUUCAUGCGAGAGGCGCUCGCGCUCCGCCUCGACCUCAAGGAGUCCCGGGUCGCG